AUGCUUGGCGCCACAAAACGCGUUCCUGCACUGAUCCCUCGUUUUCUCCAACCCCUCCGUCAACUCCAUGAAGAAAUCGAACAGAAUAUACAUUUUCACAAAAGCAAAGGCCAACACAUCCUCACAAACCCUCGAAUCCUCGACACAAUCGUCAGAAAAUCCGCAAUAAACCCCACCGACACGGUCCUCGAGAUCGGCCCCGGCACCGGAAACCUCACCCUCAAACUUCUAGAAGCUUCCCACAAAGUCAUAGCCAUCGAACUCGACCACCGCAUGGUUCACAUCCUCGAAAAUCGUGCCACCAAACACAACUUCCGUAGCAAACUAAGGGUGAUAACUAAAGAUGCGUUGAGAACAGAUUUUCCACCGUUCGAUCUCGUGGUAGCGAACAUUCCAUACGGUAUAUCUUCACCACUUAUAAUAAAACUAAUGUACGAAACGGCAGCGUUUCGGAGCGCGACUCUUCUACUUCAGAAAGAGUUUGCUCGAAGAUUACUGGCUAAUCCCGGUGACUCUGAGUUUAACCGGUUAGCCGUUAACGUUAAGCUUCUUGCUGACGUGGAGUUUGUUAUGGACGUUAGCAAGAGAGAUUUUUUCCCGCCCCCUAAAGUUGAUUCCUCCGUCAUUAUAAUUCGACCUAAAGUUAACGUUCCCGACGUCAAUCUCCGUCAAUGGAGGGCUUUCACUAGGACUUGUUUUAAUAACAAGAAUAAAACGCUUGGUGCUAUGUUUAAGAGUAAGAGGAAAGUUUUGGAGCUGUUGGAGUUUAAUAAUAUGGCUGGUUUGGUUAAGGAACAAGGUGAUGUUUGUUUGUUUAAGGAUAAGAUAGUUGGUGUUCUUAGAGAGGGAGGGUUUGAUGAUAAAAGGCCGUCGAAAUUAUCGAUUGAAGAGUUGUUGCAUUUGCUUGGUUUGUUUAAUGAAGUUGGAGUUUAUUUUGAUCACCAUGGGGGAGUCAUGAAUGAAGAUGAUAUUGAUGAUUAA